CGCGCUGCUCCGUCAUUCAGGAAGUCCACAGCAACUGACAGUACUUCACAAAGUCACACCGACAUCUUCGGAGCCUGCGACUAAAAGCUUUCGGGGCUUCUCAACAGCAGCGACUUUGCCAUUUCGAAGCGCACAGUAUUAUGCUAGUCAUGAUGCAAGUUGGCAGAAAGUCACUUCUAGUCUUCAACUGAAGACACUGGGGGCCACAGAAGAGCAGGAGAGGGACAGAGAAAGAGAGGCUAGCCUGAUUUUUCCUUUCAUAUAUUUCCUACAGGUCAUGCUGGCCAAUGCCGGGCCCGUCGUGGACAUCUGGUGGCGGUAGCAGCAGUAGUAGUUGUGUGAAUGAGUGCAUGGUCCCUUGAACCUAGCCCAUGUCCAGCCCAUAAUGCCGUCAUCCACACGGAAAGGAGCACUGAAGGACCCAGAGCUGGCUGACCUCUUCUUCAAAGAUGACCCUGAGGAUGUCUUCUGUGACCUGCACGAGAUUGGACAUGGCAGCUUCGGGGCUGUCUACUUUGCACGUAACUCCUACUCCAAUGAGGUGGUGGCCAUCAAGAAGAUGUCCUAUAAUGGCAAACAGACUACUGAAAAGUGGCAGGACAUCAUUAAGGAGGUCAAAUUUUUGGGACAGUUGCAACACCCAAACACCAUCGAAUAUAAAGGCUGCUACUUGAAAGACAACACAGCCUGGCUGGUGAUGGAGUACUGCCUAGGCUCUGCAUCAGAUUUACUCGAGGUUCAUAAGAAACCACUUCAAGAAGUGGAAAUUGCUGCCAUUACCCAUGGUGCCUUGCUUGGACUGGCUUACCUACAUUCCCAUAAUAUGAUUCACAGAGAUGUGAAGGCUGGUAACAUCCUGCUGACUGAACUAGGCCAGGUCAAACUGGCUGAUUUUGGCUCCGCCUCCAUUGCCUCCCCUGCCAACUCCUUUGUGGGAACACCUUACUGGAUGGCCCCAGAAGUGAUCCUAGCCAUGGACGAGGGUCAGUAUGAAGGGAAGGUGGACAUCUGGUCCCUGGGGAUCACCUGUAUUGAACUGGCGGAGCGUAAACCGCCCUUAUUCAACAUGAAUGCCAUGAGUGCCUUAUAUCACAUUGCCCAGAAUGACUCUCCCACGCUGCAGUCCAAUGAGUGGUCUGACCCCUUCCGGAGCUUUGUCGACUACUGCCUACUGAAGAUUCCUCAGGACAGACCCUCGUCGGGGGAGCUGCUACGACAUGACUUUGUGCGCCGGGAACGCCCGCCGCGCAUUCUCAUUGAUCUCAUCCAGAGGACUAAGGAUGCAGUGCGUGAGCUGGACAAUCUGCAAUAUCGCAAGAUGAAGAAAAUCCUCUACCAAGAGAAACACAACGGGCCCCUGGGAGAGAGCCUGGAGGAGGAGGAGGACAGUGAAGCAGCCAGCUGCAAGAUGAACAGUCUGGGCAGCAACCACUCCAUCCCCAGUACCUCGGUCAGCACGGGCAGCCAGAGCAGCAGUGUGAACAGCAUGCAGGAGAUGCUAGAUGACAGCUGCUCUGAUAUGUCCAUGAUGCACCCUCAGGACUAUGGCAGCAACCUGGACUCUUCCCCACACACAAAGAAGGACCAUCAGUACAACUGGGAUGAUGGGGUCCACAGGGACCACCGAGCCGAGAUGAGGCCGGCUUCUUCUGAGAAGAGCAGCCAAGCUCAGAAUUACAAAAACCAGGGCCGCUUUGCCACCAUAAAAUCAGCCUCACUGGUGACUAAGCAGAUCCAUGAUCAUGAGCAGGAAAGCGAGCUGCGGGAGCAGAUGUCUGGCUAUAAGCGGAUGCGGCGACAGCACCAGAAACAGCUGAUUGCCCUGGAGAACAAGCUGAAGGCCGAGAUGGAUGAGCACCGGCUUAAGCUGCAGAAGGAGGUGGAGACACAGGCCAACAACGCCUACAUCGAGCUGGAGAAGCUGGCAAAACGUCAUGCUGUGCACACUGAGAAGGAGAUGAAAACUGCAUUGGCAGAUGAGAAGAAGGUCCAGCAGCAGAUUGUGGCUCAGCAGAAGAAGGAGCUGACCACUUUUCUGGAUAAUCAAAAGAAACAGUAUAAACUGUGCAAGGAGAAAAUUAAGGAGGAGAUGAACGAAGACCACAGCACACCCAAGAAGGAGAAGCAGGAGCGUCUGUCCAAGCACAAAGAAAAUAUUCAACAUUCCCAGGCCGAGGAGGAGGCCCAUCUCCUGUCCCAACAGAGGGUUUUCUAUGACCGGAACUGCCGAGGCUUCAAGCGCAAAGUGAUGAUCAAGAGGCACGAUUUGGAGCAAGAACAGAUCCGAGAGGAGCUAACCAAGAAGACGACCCAGAAAGAGAUGGAGCAUGCCAUGCUGAUCCGUCACGAUGAGUCCACCCAAGAACUGGAGCAGCGGCAGCUGAAGACCCUGCAGAAGCUUCGCAUGGACCUGAUCCGCCUGCAGCAUCAAACGGAACUAGAAAACCAGAUCGAGUACAACAAUCGCCGUGAACGUGAACUCCACCGCAAGCAUGUCCUGGAGCUUCGGCAGCAACCCAAGAAUCUGAAGGUCUUGGAGCUGCAGAUCAAGAAGCAGUUCCAGGACACAUGUAAGGUGCAGACUAAGCAGUACAAGGCCCUGCGCCACCACCAGAUGGAAGUGACGCCCAAGGCCGAGCACAAGACUGUGCUGAAGGCCAUGAAGGACGAGCAGACACGCAAGCUGGCCAUCCUGGCAGAGCAAUACGAGCAGAGCAUAAAUGAGAUGAUGGCCUCACAGGCACUGCGUCUGGAUGAGGCCCAGGAAGCAGAAUGCCAGGCCCUGAAACAGCAGCUGCAACAGGAGAUGGAGCUGCUCAACGCCUACCAAAGCAAGAUCAAGAUGCAGACUGAGGCUCAGCACGAACGCGAGCAGCAGAAGUUGGAUCAGAAAGUGUCGCUCCGCCGGGCUCACCUGGAACAAAAGAUUGAAGAGGAGCUGGGUUCCCUUCAGAAGGAGAGGACUGACCGCUUCAAACACCUGCUGGAACGUCAGGAGCGGGAGAUCGACAGCUUCGACAUGGAGAGCACGCGGCUGGGCUUCGGUAACCUAGGCACCCUGGACUGCGCCAAGGAUGACUACAGAUGAGGGGCUGGUGUCACCGCCACCUCUGACAGUCCCCAGGUGUCCUUCAGCAUCAGAACACCCCUCCCCACCUGUACCUGAGCUGACAGCAGGUGCUCUCACACAGAACCAUAUCCACAAUCAGUGUUGCGUUUCUGGGCCAGUCAGACAAUUCUGAGUGCCCCUCGCACACCAGAACUCCUCCCCCCAAUCACAUCUCAUGGUGUCACAAGUUGACAGAAUAUAUGCUGGAUUAAUUCCUGUAGUUGUCAUGUUUUUGUAAGAAUAUUAACGUUGUCACAGUGUUCGGCGUUUCUUGUACAGUGACAUUUUUUGGUGCGACUCUUAAAAGCAGAAAAACAAGAAAGUGAACAAAACGAUGGCACUUCCAUGCUGAAAAAGGCUCCACAGCCACAGUUUUUCCUUUUUUAAAGAGGUGGGAUUUUUUUUUUUUCCUCCAGUUUUUAUUUGGUCUCAAGAAAAGCAAAAAAAUUUCUCAAAGCGAUAAAUCAGUUGUUUCUUCUGCAGCUAUUUGACAGCGCUGCUUCUUUCCACACUUUUUGGUAUUUAUUCACCAGGACGUUUUCAAUGAAAAAAUUGAAUAUUUGCUACUUUGAGAGACAAAUAUGGUGAUGUACAUACAGGUACGCUAAUAAAUGUGAUCUUUUAUUAUUAUUUACUGAGGAGGGCGAUGAUCAUGGUACUGAUUUCUCUGCACUGGCAGCCAAUGUGAAUAAAUACUUGUGACAUUAACUCCCAGUUAGCACAAAGGGCUUCAUGGGGGCGGGGACUUCUACUUCGUGUACAGAAGGACUUAAGGAGAGCUUUUACUUAUUUUCAUAUUGUAUUUUAUGUCAGAUCGAAAAAAUUUUAAAUGCUUAUUUCCACCUCCUAAUUUAGUAUUUGAUUAAAUUUUUUUUUUUGGGGGGGGGGGGUAUCCACACCUCAAGCUGUGUAUUUUGUUAUAAACCAGACCAGUAUCAUGCUUUAUAAAUGCAUGCACUUUAAGUUUUUUUUUCCAGGUUAAAUGAAAGCAUGAAUCUGUCAGAGCUUUUAAUUAUAUUUGUAAAUAAACUGCUCAUCACACAUG